GAGACGGUAUGGUCGAUUGGUAGGCUUUAUAUCGGAAAAACGCGCCUCGAGUCGAUGUACUUUGCAAUGGUCACAGUUUACUUCUACAGUUGUAUACGUUAAGAUUAUUGUCUGUGAACGACUGACCUUUUAUAGCAGAGCUCUUAAUUUAUACGCCAUUUGGGAACAAUCGAAGUGUCCAAUUGCUAUUGUGGUUUGAUCGGAUUUAAAUAUAUCCAAUUCAAAUAUUACCUGAAGUUAAUUUACUGAGCUUGCUAAUUUAUUUUCAAUUGACUGUAAACGUAUAUGUGCAACACGGAUACUAAUUGUAGAAAUUAAGACAUUAUUAAAUAAUUGUGCAACAUGGAAUUCCGCAAUUAUUUCAUAUCGGAAUUGAUUUUAUUGGUGGCAUUAUUUGCGCUGUGCAGAGCCGCCCUCAGGACCCCGCCAGGCGGUGAUUAUCAGAUGGGACACCGGGUAGAGAUGCCUUGCGUGUAUGACCACGUUACAGGCGACAAUAUGAUCCUCAUGCGCUGGAAGAAAGGUGACGUCAUCCUGACGACAAUGCUCGAGAGCAGCACGGUUACGGAAUGGUCCAGCCAAGCGCCCGAGAAUUUCAAGAAUCACGUAAAGCUAGACUUUAGUCGGGUCCAGGGCAAGAGCUACACGUUCACUAUGACCAUUGACGGUCUGAAGUGUACGGAUGUUGGGCAGUACAGCUGCGUGGUAGUCACUAUGAACAGUGCCAAUGAGUUGUCAGCAUCAAUGGCUAUUGGCAUUAUUGUUUCCCCAGGGAUACCCGAAAGCAACGAGGAUUAUUUUGAUGCCAAAGAAAACGUGACCUUCAAUAUACGUUGCUCUGGCAACGUAGGAAUGCCCCCACACACCAUCAACUGGAAAUACUCCCAGAAAGAUACCGACGUCUGGAAUCUCGUUGACCCAGCCCUUGUGAGUCAGUCCAACACCCUGGGACAGGGAGACCACUGUUGGUAUCACGGGGAGAGCAAGGUCACGGUGACCAUGUCCGAGGCCCUUGACGGAGCCCGCUACAUGUGUCUGAUAGGGGACGUAGUGGACGACACUCAUAAAAACUACGAUCAGAUCCAACUGGCACUACAAGGAAAGACUACAACGAGUUCUACUCCAUUGCCGACGUCGUCAACGUUAAAACCGCAGCCAUCUGUCGACGAUGGAAGCAAUGCUGGUGUCAGACCUGCUCCGAUUCAUUUACUUUUAUUAGCGUUUGCUCUAGCAAUUGUGAACAAUUUGACACAAUAUUUAUAAUCAGGUUAGAAAAAGUACAUCGUCUAGAACUUAACAAAUUGGACGAAAUUCUGACGCAAGUUACCACGAGAAUGGACGACUGUAGUCGAAAGGAGAUAAUGUGCAAGCAAAUAAGCAGCUUUGAACGUUGAAAACAUUGUUAUAACAUGAGAAAACUAUUAAAGUAAGGAUUCAUGACAUUAUUUCCAGUAAGACAAUUUUAAAUAUGAAUAACAAGUUAUGAGUUAUAACAUAAGUUUGUGGGAAAUGUGUGCCAUAAUGCACUAUAAUAGUGGGCCAUAAUGACAUUUUUAAAUAAAAUAACUUUGUGAGAGUAAUAAUUCAAACAAUAACAAUACACGGCAACUGGUAAUAAAUACACUUAUCAAUUCUAAACAAUAAAUAAUGUAGAGGUCAAGCUGGUUGGUCUCGAAAGAAGUAGCUAAUGCUCUUAGUGAAUGUAUUCGAUCGAGAUGUUCAUGAUGACAUUUUCCUUUUCUUAAGACAUUUACUGACGAGCCGAAACUCUUCGACACGUUAGUUUGUGUUUAUUUGAAAUUCUAUAAAAAAAAUUACAUCCCUUCAAUGAGAAUACAAAACAAAGACACAAUGCCAUUUGAAAUUAAUGAUGUAAAAUUGACAUUAAAUACAAGGGUUAGUCAGUUCAGUUAAUGUUUUAGUAACUUGUAAGUUUGUAAUGUUCAUUAUACAUGUACAUGCCUUAUAUUGUGUAUAUUUUGUAUAAAACUCAUCAUUCAGUACACAGUUCAAAUUCAUUUUCAAUAUCAUCGGAAUCACCAUCUUCAUAUUCAUCAUCAGCAGUGAUAUAGUCAUCAUGAACAAACAGAUAUUUUGCCUUGUUUACUUAUUGUCACUGAAUGUUUUGUACUGCCUACACCAUCAUCAUUAUCAUCAUCAUCAUCAUAAAUCACGGAUAGCAACCAGCAUUGACAGCAUCAGAAACACCACUUUCAUCGUCAGCAUUUCAAUUUUCGCUCAAUUAUUACAGAUAUUGCCUUAUGCCUGCCAAUUAUCUUUGUCAUGAUUGAUAAACCUCUGUCAAAUGAUGGUGAAUUUAAGUCAUAUGAUUUGUUAAUAUAGGUAACAUCGUAUGCAAGUUAAAGUCACAUGGUUUGCGGAUGUAGGUUACAUGAUUAAAGGUUGAAUGUUGCACAAUAUUGUUUAGCAAAUGUAGCCAAGUCACGAGUCUUGAAUAAUUGUCAUUUCGACAUCAUUAGACGACUAUAUGGAUUUUUACAUUGGGUGUCUGAGACAAACUAGCGUAAGUUAGGUGUUAAGCAAAGCUUAAUUCUAGCCAUAGAUGAUUUAUUGUAAAUAUUUGUAAUUUUUGUUUGUUUGUUAUGGGAUUUUACAUUGAAUUGAUUAUUUAUAUGUUACAUUUGUAAGCUGCAAAUUCCAUUCAAUAACAAGCUGUAUUUGUAAGGAAUAUUUAUGCUUUUUUCGUUUUUAUAUGUGUUUUAAGUGCAUUGAAAACUCCGAUAAGCUUUUCGGAAAUCAUUGUUUUAAUUCCCUGCUGGAAUGUAUAAAGCAUUAAUAUUUACCAGUGUAUAUGAUGCGAUUGGUAUGUUGUAACAAUAAUCGCUCAUGACAUUUACUGACUGUGAAUAUUAAUUUGUGUCUCGUGCCUUUUUCUCACUCAAAUCCACCCCGAAUCCUUUUUUGAUGUACUUGCAAAGGAAUAUAAAAUUAUUUAUCACUUGCCAACAUUCAAUAAGGCGUUUGGAAAUUCGCAAUCAUUACACUCUGUUUGUUUAUAGGACUACAAAUCUAACAUAUUUAUGGAAUGCCUGUAAUGUUACUAUAAUUUCAAAUGUUUUUGUGUGCUAAGUGUUUUCAUGUUCACCAUUGUGCUUGUUUACUGUGCUUAAAUUGUUUGCAUGCUCAGCAAUAACGGCCGUUUCGUAAAGGUCUUAAACGUAUGGAUAUUGUAUUAAGUACUUGCUACGUAUAAAAUGUACGGAUAAAUAAAAGUGAAAUUUC